CUUGCCAGUGACUCAGUUGUGACCAGAACAAGCCAUGUCGUCGAGGUCGCUGGAUAUACGUGAUGGUUCGGACGCGGAGCAACUGUCCAACCGCAGGGUGGUUUCAGCUCUCGUUGAGCCCAAGGACCAAAGUGCCGGCUCUCGGAGGAGCAGCGCAGUGAACGUGGGCGUCCAGGAACAGCGAGCUGAGAAGAAAUCCAGAGUGACGUUCGGUGUCCUCAGGCCGCCGCCGGGGAAGUGGCUGGUCGAAAUGAUCGUGGAGCUCGCUGCGCUCAUCGCGGCAGUGGCCUUUGGCGCCUACGCCGUCAAAUCCGUAACUCUCUCGAACCGGGGCAACACAUACAGCAGCCGGGCUCUGCAGCAAGCCUUGACGUCGAACCAGCUGACCCUGCUCACAAUAUGCCUUGGUAGUCUGGGGGCGGAUCGGUUGAGUGAGAGCUCUGUCAAGAAACAACGCAAAUAA